CAUAUGGCUACCCCGAUCAAUGAUUGGUCCUUGCCAUCCAUUAAUUUUAUUGUAUCGACCAAUCCUUGAGCUCCAAGCACACAGCUUAAAAAUGUCGUCGCAAGUGUAGAUAAUUGCUGAACGUUUUCGUUUUAAUUUAUCAAGACAAACGCGAGUACACUCGCUUCAAGAGAAAUAAAUUUUAAUUCUGUGCGUUCUCCAUUUUUAUAUUUGCUCAAAUUUCAGACAUGGCCGACGAAAUGGACCCGUGCGCGUGCCUGUGGAAUCACGAGCUGGCGAUGCGCCGCCUCAUCUCGCUGCUACGUCAAGGCCAGUCGUACUGCACCGACAGCGAGUGCCUGGAGCAGUUGCCGGGGCUCUCGCAGCCCGAGUCGGCCGGCAACAGCUUUAUGAUGAUGUUUCUAAUGGUGGCCUUCGCUCUCGCCAUGUACAUGCUGCGGCCGAGGCGCAACCAAAUCCAAGAUGCCGCGAAGCCAGCGCACGGGCCCCAUGACCACGACGGCGCGCCACCAACACCGCCAAGAAUUUAAUCCGCGCUGAAACGGGACUGCGAGCUAAUCAACGGUCAUGCUAAUGAAUUCCAGUAUAUAAAAUAGAGUAACUCAAUUAUUGCGAGUCGGAACACCAACGCGACGACAUUACAUGUAAGAUCAUGUGUAUAGGUAUUAAAUAUUUCUCUUAAGUGGACGUGUGAUACCAACAAUGCAAUGUUGCGACAAAUUUUAAAUGUUCAUGUAAAUUUAUACGUGUAACUAUUAUUGUAAAACACGUGGUAGGUAGUUCGUGAAGUAUUCAUCCUUUGCUCGAUUUUGUUAUGUAUCGAGUAGUCUGUUUUAUGUCCUUCAAUCUUCCAUUAAUAAAUAAAUCAUAGCGUAAAUAUAUUAUAGUUACUUCGGUAUUAAUGAAAACCUGCAAAACGAUGUAACUCUGGAACGUCACUCCAUUCUUGUGAUAAAUUCUGUAGUGCAAUACUGUGUUAUAUAGCAAUGAUCUGAAAAACAUUAUUAAAAUAGAAAUGCCAAGUGUUUUGGGGGUUUAUGUAUAGCUUGGCUUUAAUAUAUUUAACGUGAUAGUCCACUAUAUCUUAACACGAAGCGGAUAUAAUUUAUUUUCGAGAAAUUAAAUUUCUCGUGAAAGUCUCAAAUAUUAAAUAACUAUUUGAUUCUACUUUUGAUUGAUUCACAAUUUCUUGUAUUUAGGUUUUUUUGUUUUGCUUAUAUACACUUAGGAUAAAGAUAUGUGAUUAGAAAAAUAAGAAUAUAAAUGUGAUUCUGUCUCGAAUAAUGUAAUAAAUUUAUCUUUCCACAUCGCGUAGACAUAUUGUUUAUUUUUCUGAUCAUAGUUAAUAUUCCACUAGAUAUAAUCUCACGCCUUGGGUUGGGUUGAUUUUAACUUUAAUUUUAUAUAUUGCAUCUUGUAUAAUAUACAUAACGGUAAAGACAAAACCAUU